AUAAAAUAAAAGUUUGAGAAUCAGGAAGCAUUCGAUUACCCCUUGGCGUGGUUUUUUAUGUGUGCGUUUUUUAGUUAAAAAAAAAGAAUAGGAAUUUCAUAAUUUUCGAGAAAAAAUCCGAUAAAAUGCAAAAUUCUCCAAUGAAGAAAGUGAAUCAAGGUGAAGUGCUCCUUAGGCGCCCUCCCACAUCCACGCCGGAAGAGGAGAAAGCUCUCCGGGAUCAGCUUCAUGUGGAGAUUGAGAAUAAAACAAAGGCGUGCGCCUUCACCAAGCACGAUUGCACGCUCCCGCGAAUUGUGGGCUAUGAGUACUGCCUGAAGCACAUCCUACAGGACCCGCGGGCUCCCUACAAACAGUGUGCCUUUGCGUACCCGAUAACGGGAAAGAGAUGCCUCCAGCCGGCGCCAAAAUAUGAAUCCCGGAAGAAUAUUGCGUUUACAAACUUUUGCUUCGAGCACAGUCGCCUCAAUCAACUGGCCAAGACACAGUCUACCACGGGGAAGCUGAAGCAUCUUGAAACUCAGGAAUCUCUUCUCAAUGAACUCUCACAUUAUGUUAAGGUGGACAAGCCACAGACAUCCUCAGGGCAGGUUGUUGUUGAGGAGGAAACAACAACUCCAUGCCUGGAUCCUAUUUUGGAUAUAAACAGUCAGAGAAUCAAUGAGAGAGGACGGAAGAUUCUGGACUAUGCCUCUGAUAGCUCAACUGAUGACGACAUGCCGACAAUUAGCAACACCUGGAGGGGCUAUGAGAUGGAUAAUUCAGACAAUGAGAGCGUUGAUUCUCAGAAUGAAGAUCUUCUAAAGCACGCUAGCAUCUACACAACCGAGGAAGCCACAAUGAUCACCAAACAGAAGCUAAUGCGUCUUCAGUCGCUCUAUGUGGAUCAAUUUGAACGGCUUCAUCAUGUUUUGCGUGAGAAGCGCCGGAAGUACCUCCAUGCGCUGCGUCGUGAACGUGAGACCUACUGCAGCAUUCACAAUCAAUCCCGGGACACUCCGCGUGAGCGUCGGCUCUACAGGAAGCUCAAAGCACUCAAUCAGUACCACAAACGCCAUGGAGUUGAGGCUGUUUUGCACAGGAAGCGCCUGGAGAAGCGAAACAAGGCCAUUGCUGGUCUUGCCCAGAAGACUCCCUUCCAGAAUCGAUGCACCUUCACUGAAGGCGGUGUUAAGUGCAACGAUCGCACCAUUCCGUGCUGCAAGUUCUGCAAGAAGCACAUCCUCGAGGACAAGAAGCAAGUCCUCUUCCGUGCUUGUGGUGUUGAGAAGAGCGGUGUUGUGUGCCAGGAAUCUGUUCCGGUAAUCUAUGACGAUGCCACCUGUGUCCUUCACAUCGCCAUGCCUCCUGCCCGAAGCUACGUUCUCAAGAAGUACGAAAGUGAAUCCGAAGACGAUGAAACUCCAACCAAAGUCAAAGAGACCGAAGUGAAGGAAGAAAAACCCGAUGAUGACGCCCCACCAACCACUGAGGAUCCCUCCACAAAUGUCACCAUUUGCCAUGAUGACGUUGAGAUCAAGGAGGAAAUCACCGAAGUCCCGGAGGCAGCGCAAGACAUUCAAGAGGCGACAAAUUGAAGGCGCAAAUUCAAUAAAUUUUUAUUUCAUACUUCAAAUUUCGUCGCGACAAAAAAAAAUCAGCGCAAAAAUAAUCGUUUUGUGUACAAUAAAAAAAAAAACAGAUAAAUGGAAAACACGCGGAGAUUCUUCUCUGGGAGAAGAUGUGUGGUGUAUUCCGUCGUCCGAUGGGGGAAGAAUCACCAGAAUGUGAAGCCAGAUCCUUUGCCGCCGGUGAAGAAGUUAUUCUUUGGCUUCUGCACUUGCACGGGUUGUCCCUGCAUAGCGGCCAGCUGGGCAGCUGAUGGAGCAUACCCCGGCGGUGGGGGUGGCACACUAAAUGAGCUACCCCCUUGCCCAGAGAAUCGAGCGCCAGGAUCAAAGAGAGCAACCUUUUAGGAGAGAAAAAUAAUUCCCAUAAAAUAGGAAGUUGAUAAAAAAUUUUAAAUUGCCACACAGGGUUAUUCACGAAAACUUCCCUAGAAUUGUGGAAUUUUACUAAUAAUACUUGAAAUAAAAAAAAUUAAUAAA